AGCACCAUGCAAAAUCUUACUGUACAAAAUUUUUCAUUCAUAACUUUCAAGCUUAGUGGUUUCCAUGAUUUGGGAGAAUGGAGGCCUUUUCUGUUUAUUCCAUAUUUCCUUAUGUUUUUGUUGUCUACACUGUCAAACUCCAUUCUCAUAUAUUUGAUUGUAUCUAAGAGAGCUUUACACUCUCCGAUGUGUGUACUAAUCGGUCUGAUGGCUGUGGUGGACCUGUGCUUGCCAAUAUUUUUUGUCCCAAAUAUGCUACUUAGCUUUUUAUUUAACUGGAAGGGGAUUUCACUUGUGGGCUGUUUGAUACAGAUGUUUUGUCUUCAUUAUGUUGGUACAUUUCAGUCUACAUUACUUGCCUGGAUGGCUGUGGAUCGGUUCUUUGCUAUAUGCAGACCACUUUAUUAUCACAAAUAUAUGGAAAUCCCUACCUUUCUAAAAUUCAUUAUUGUACCACUAAUCAGAAAUGUAAUCUUAAUUGUCAUGAUUGUUUCUUUGGCUGGAAAACUUUCUUUCUGUGUGACAGAUGAGAUAGAUCACUGUUUUUGUGAGCACAUGGCUUUGGUCCAGCUGGCAUGUGGAGAUAUUUCCAUUAAUAACUUAGUAGGACUUUUAGCUGCUUUUCUGAUUCCAACAGUAGAUUUUAUUUUCUUUACUUUGUCUUAUAUAAUAAUGCUUGCAUCUGUAUUAAAAUCUGGAAAGUCUCAUUUAAAGGCUAUUAACACUUGUGUUACUCAUAUAAUUGUGAUGGCAGUUACUUUAACUUUUGCCUUGAUUGCCUUUUUGUCUUACAGAAUAAGAAAUAAUUUCUCUUCCAGCAUUCGUGUUUUUCUGAGUACAAUGUAUUUGCUUUUUCCAAGUUGUUUUAACCCAAUUAUUUAUGGAGUAAGAACAAAAGAAAUAAGAGAACAAUUUCUUAAGUGCUUGAACCAAAUAAAGGUUUUACCACAAUGCUAUAAUACUGCAAAUUGA